AUGAUGAAUAGGCUGGCCAGGGUCUUCCGAGGCAAGGACAGGGAGGGGGAGGCGAAGCUCAUCAAGACGGAGGAGAGCACCCCUAGAGCAGCCCCCAAACCGCGCUUGUCCACAUCCUUCUUCAAUGGGGAUGCCCUGAACCGCCACUGGGCAGAGGCCCCAACUGCUCUCCAGGAGAAGAAACGGAUCCUGGACCCAUCGGGGGACUAUUAUUACUGGUGGCUGGUCACCAUGGUGUUCCCCAUCAUGUACAACUGGAUCAUCCUCAUCUGCAGGUGGGCGGAGGGGGGCUGGGCUGGAUCCACCUGUGGGGAGGGGGCUGGGGGCUCAGGGAAGCCACGGAGGGGGCCCAGCACUGGGGCCAAGGUUCUCCUGCUGCUGCUGCAGUGGGUGGGUUGUGGGUUCGGAUGCUGCCACCCGUCUCUCUCUGCUUCCCUCCUGCGCAGGUCCUGCUUCCCUGAGCUGCAGCGCAAAUACCUCUUCCUCUGGCUGGCCCUGGACUACCUCUGCGACCUGCUGUACCUGCUGGACAUCGGGGUCCACUUCUACACGGGCUUCCUGGAGCAAGGCAUCCUCAUCCAGGACCGCUCCAAGAUCUCGCGCCACUACACCUGCUCCUCCGCCUUCCUGCUGGACCUCCUCUCGGUGUUGCCCACCGACCUCCUCUACCUGCGCCUGGGCCUGGCCACCCCCGCCGUCCGGGCCAACCGCUUCCUGCGCAGCCCCCGCCUCUUCGAGGCCUUUGACCGCAUCGAGACGCGCACGGCGCACCCCAACUCCUUUCGCAUCUCCAAGCUGAUGCUCUACGUCUUCGUCACCAUCCACUGGAACGCCUGCGUCUACUUCGCCCUCUCGGGCUACGUGGGCUACGGGGCGGACGAGUGGGUCUACCCCAACGUCAGCAUCCCCGGCUUUGAGCGCCUGCUGCGCCAGUACCUCUACAGCUUCUACUUCUCCACCCUCAUCCUCACCACGGUGGGCGACACGCCCAUGCCCCACCGCGAGGAAGAGUUCCUCUUCAUGGCGGCCGACUUCCUGCUGGCCGUCAUGGGCUUCGCCACCAUCAUGGGGAGCAUGACCUCGGUCAUCUCCAACAUGAACCAGGCAGACGACGCCUUCGUCCCCAACUCGGACCUGGUCAAGGGCUACCUGCGCACCCACUGCCCCAACCGGCGCCUCCAGAACCGCGUGGUGGAGUGGUACCAGCACCUGCAGAUGGAGAAGAAGAUGACCAACGAGCUGCAGAUCCUGCAGCACCUCCCUGAGCGCCUGCGGGCCGAGGUGGCCGUCAGCGUCCACCUGCCCACCCUCCGCAAGGUGCAGAUCUUCCAGAGCUGCGAGCAGAGCCUGCUGGAGGAGCUGGUCCUCAAGCUCAAGCCCCAGGUCUACAGCCCCGGGGAGUACGUCUGCAAGAAGGGCGACGUGGGCCGGGAGAUGUACUUCAUCCGGGAGGGGAAGCUGGCCGUGGUGGCCGACGACGGGACCACCCAGUACGCCGUGCUGGGAGAGGGGCUCUACUUUGGAGAGAUCAGCAUCAUCAACAUCAAAGGGAACAAGUCCGGGAACCGCCGCACAGCCAACAUCAAGAGCAUCGGCUUCUCGGACCUCUUCUGCCUGUCGAAGGAGGACCUGACGGAGGUGCUGGCCGAGUUCCCCAGCGCCAAGGCCAUGCUGGAGGCCAAGGGCAGGGAGAUCCUGCUCAAGAUGGACAAGCUGGACGUCAACGCGGAGGCGGCCGAGAUCGCCCAGCUGCAGGAGGAGGAGCGCCGGACGGCCGCCCUGGAAGAGGGCCUGGACGCCCUGCAGACCAAGCUGGCCAGAAUCCUGGCGGGACUCGAAUCCAGCGCCUUUAAGGUGGCUCUGCGCCUGGAGCGCCUGGAGUGGCAGAUGCGGGAGUGGGGGGCCGAGGAGGAGGCGGAGAGGGAGGGGGCUGAGCCUUAGCCACCCCCCCACACACCCCACCUGAGGCAAUGAGGAGGCUGCCCACCCCACAGUUACUGCUGCCAGGCUGAGUCCCCCGGCCUACGGGGCACAUGGCCUCUGGUGCAGUCUGGGGGCUGGCGUGG